UGGACACCACUCAUCUGUCUGCUGCUGCUGGACCCAACAUUUCUUCAUCACUCUCUUUUGUCAGCUGACUUUUUCUUAACUGAAGAACCUAAAGCCGUCUCAAGUUCAGUUCAAGUUCAAUUUAAGUUGGACUUCAAACCACAAGCAAGAAGACAAGUAUUACUCCUUAAACAACUGGAAGACAUUUGCAACAAGCUUACAUCGAAAACAGAUUCUGCUGCUGCGGGUUGCCGAGGACAAGUGUAUGUGCCUUGCUCAACGGCACCUCAACAGGAGCUGCUGAGGAAGAGAAGAGAAGAGAAGAGAAGAGAAGAGAAGAGAAGAGAAGAGAAGAAAAGAGAAGAGAAGAGAAGAGAAGAGAAGAGAAGAGAAGAGAAGAGAAGACACUUUAUCAUCUUUGUCAAGACUUUCUCAGGCCAACUGUAAUCCUAAAUCAGGUGAAUCUCAGCUGAAUCUUGCCCCUGCAGACUGACAGUUUAGAGAUAAAAACAAAACAAGAAAAGUCUGUGCUGAGCUGUAACUGGUCAUGGCAGACUGGAGCCUACUGGGAAACUUCCUGGAGGAAGUACAGGAGCACUCUACCUCUGUUGGAAAGGUGUGGCUGACCAUCCUGUUUAUCUUCCGCAUCCUGGUGCUCGGGACGGCUGCUGAGUCGUCGUGGGGAGACGAACAGGAAGAUUUUGACUGUGACACUAACCAGCCUGGCUGCGAGAACGUUUGUUACGACAGAGCUUUUCCUAUAGCUCACAUACGAUACUGGGUGCUCCAGAUCGUGUUUGUGUCCACGCCCAGUCUGAUCUACAUGGGCCACGCCAUGCACACUGUUCGCCAAGAGGAGAAGAGGAGGAGCAGAGAGGAGGAGGAGGGAGACGGGGGGAGGAGAGAGGAGGACCCGGGAGGAGGUGAAGAUGGAGGAGGAGAAGAGGAGAAAGAAGGGAGGAGAGGAGAGAAGGACGGAGGGAAGGAGAAAAAAGAAUAUCAUUUAGCAGGACGAGUGCGUCUGCGGGGGGCGCUGCUGCAGACAUACGUCUUGAGUAUUCUCAUACGGACCAUCAUGGAGGUGGUGUUUCUUAGUCUGCAGUACUUCUUGUAUGGAGUCUUUCUCAAUCCUCUGUAUGUGUGCAAGGCGUGGCCGUGUCCUCAUCCGGUGAACUGUUACGUCUCCAGACCGACAGAGAAAAACGUCUUCAUAGUGUUCAUGAUGGCCGUGUCGGCCGUCUCUCUGGUCCUCAGUGUGCUCGAGCUGCAUCACCUGGGAUGGAAACACUGCUGCAGGCGGUAUUUGUUCAGAGAAAAGGCCGCCCCUGCUGCUAACGCCUCGCUGGCCCGACAGCUCUCUCUGUCUCCUCCACCGCCAUCCACCCCCCCUCCAGACUUUAGCCAGUGUGUGAUUGGCUCCUCGCACUUCCUGCCCCUCCCGUUCCCCAACCACCGCCUGGCCAACCAGCAGAACUCAGAGAACAUGGCCACCGAGAAGCACAAAAUGGCCGCAGCUGCCGAGGUGAACCUCCUCCAGAUGAGCUGCUACUCCCCCGGGUGGCAGGAGACUGGUAACAGCCAGAUCCAAGAUGGUGGAUACCUGAGGACCGACACUAGCUCCUACACGCCUGGGAGCAGGGACAUCAGCUGCCCGCAGAUCCAGAAUGGCGGCCCAGACGGGUUGCUGCUUUGCCAGAAUGGAGGGCUCUGUCAGAAGGACAAACGAAGAUUCAGCAAAACCAGCGGGACGAGCAGCCGGACGAGAGCAGAUGACCUCUCAGUUUAGACAGAAAACUGAACUUCUUACCCGCCUGCUAAAUAAACUGAGACACAUUGUGCAUCCACACAUAACACACAGAGUUUCUCAUCUACGACAGCUGAAGGAAUCAUCCAACACGUUUAGCAUGAACACCAGCUGAUUGAAUUAAUUCAUUUAUUCUGUCAGCAGCCUGAAUUGUACCUUAAAUUGCAAAGACGAUGUUUGACAUUUUUCAGUGAACGACAUCCGUGAAUAUAUACGUCACAAACACCAACAUGGCCGUUACCUCGGCAUGUCUUCUUUUAUCACCUUACCAUAAUGUCAUUUUAUCAUAUGUAGUUGCUGUAUUUUGGUGAAGGACAUUGGCAUUGGAUAUUGGCAUUCUUGUGAAAAUGUCCAACUUUACAGCAGAAAUGUUUACAGCCUUGAAACAAAAACCCCUUCUUGAAACUGAGGGUGAAUUUUACAUUUUUAUAUAAACUCCUCAAAAAAAAGUUUUUAAACAUCUUAUUGGUAAAUUGUUUCUCCCCUUUAAUAAUACGAAUUGGUAUUGUAUUAUACAUCGUUAGAUAACCUGAUAAGUCACAUUUACAAGGAGAAUAUUGCAGGUGAUUUUGGCCCUCUCAACACCAAUUAGUAUUAUUAUAAUAAUUAUAAUGAAUAAUUGACCGAAAUAGCAUUUAUAAACUUUUUUUGAGGAGUUUAUUAAGGCUUAAAAUUUUACAUAAUUUAGAGUGAGGCCGCUGCUUCCGCUCCAUCUCUUUGCCCCUUUGGUGCCACGAUUGUGACCCAGAUGAAGUCAGACGGGAGUCUCCCACUUUGAGUUUCAUUUUUGACUCUUCAGAAACCUACAGAGACUACGUCCAUAUUUUGUACAGUCACAAAACUGUAGCAUGUUGGGAACUUUUUUUUCCCAAGCAGCCAAAGUAUUACCUAUGGACUCACUGAUGUACUGGCUCAAGCUCUCCACCAUCUCACAGCAUCGACUUCUUAAUUUUCCAGAGAAGUAACAGGAACUUAACUUGUGCAAUUUUGUUAAACUGUUGCUAUUAUUAGCGCUCGGCAUCAGAAAAAGGCUUGUUUGUGUUUUAACUGCAGCAGUUUUGGAUGCAGAAGUUAAUCAAAUCACUGGAUUUUAAUAUGAAGCACAAAUGAAAGCUGAAUCUUCAAACCAACAGUUUUUUUAGUUUUUUUUUGUUACUAUUUCUUCAAAUCAACUUAUGUCCUAAAUCUUGGUUUUUGUUCGACAUGUUAGUCAGUUUGGAUGACUACUGGUGAUUUAUUACUGCACUGUUUUAUGGUAAAUUCUCAUUAUUAUUCUUUUUAUUAUUAACACAUCUGGGCUGAAACACAAUGGACUACAAGGUUGUGUGUUUUAUUUGCAUAUUGUACGAUAGCAUAACAAAUUACACUGAUGAUUUUUAAGUUGUUGGAUAUUUCCUAUAUUUUAAUAUUUUGUAUUUAAUAAAGUGAAUGCUGUAUGUAUGUUUAAAAAGCUUUGAGGAUAAAAAAUAUCCGUCUAGUUUGUCUCUGAAA